AACCCUACGUACGAUGGCCGGUCCCCGUGGUAACGCCCCCCACAGACCCCGUCGUGCGCUUGGGGCCUAGCGGACGACGUUGCCCGAGAUGCCGUACGCCAACCAGCCGACGGUGAAGAUCUCGGAGCUCACGGACGAGAACGUCAAAUUCAUCGUGGAGGACACGGACCUCGCCGUCGCCAAUUCCCUCCGCCGGACGUUCCACGCCGAGGUCCCCACCCUAGCGAUCGACUGGGUUCAGAUCGACGCCAACUCCUCGGUCCUGCACGAUGAGUUCAUCGCUCACCGCGUCGGGCUCAUCCCUCUCACCAGCGACGAGAUCGUGGACAAGAUGCAGUACUCUCGGGACUGCACUUGCGACGAGUUCUGCGCGGAGUGCUCGGUGGAGCUAAACCUGGAGGUGAAGUGCUCGGAGGAUCAGACGCGGCACGUGACCUCACGUGACCUCAUCUCAACCAACCCCCGCGUUGUCCCCGUGACGUCGCGCAGCAGGGAGGACGACCCCAACGAUUACGGCGAGCAGGACGACAUCCUGAUCGUCAAGCUGCGCAAGGGCCAGGAGCUGAAGCUGCGGGCUCACGCCAAGAAGGGCUUCGGCAAGGAGCACGCCAAGUGGAACCCCACGGCCGGGGUCGCCUUCGAGUACGACCCCGACAACGCCCUGCGCCACACCAUCUUCCCCAAGCCUGAAGAAUGGCCCAAGAGCGAGUACUCCGAGCUCGAAGAGGAUGAGAUUCAGGCGCCCUUUGACCCCAACGGAGUGCCCAACCGCUUCUACUUUAACGUGGAGACGUCUGGCGCGCUGCGCCCCGAGAACGUGGUCCUCAUGGCGCUCGGCGUCCUCAAGAAGAAGCUGAGCGACCUCCAGACGCAGCUGAGCCACGAGAUCCAGACGGACGUCCUCACCAUCAACUAAACGGAACGCCACAUCGACCACCACAACCACCACCACAUCCACCACCACCUCCAGCGCCACAUCCAGAUUAUAAUCGGCACGAUCCGGUCGCGGUUGCACCACGAGCGGUAACCGCUUGCGCCGUCGCUCCCCCAAGUCAUGCUUCGUCACGGACGUGUCGGCGUGGCGGCCGGGUGGAGCCGCGAGUUCCGCUGAGUGUUCGCGCAGCUGUUAGCUCCUGUGUGUGAGAUAGUGGUGGGGGGUGGGGGGUGCUGCGUUUGUGUUCCCUGAGAGAGACACGGGCAGUGCUCUCCUGAUUGGUCGUGAUCGCCAACUGCGUGGGGGGGGGGGGUGGGGGGAGCAAUGGGAACUACAAAACCGAGACGAGGACAAACACGUGGAGAGAGGGGGGCGGGGGUCCUUUGCCUUGUGCUGGAGGUCGACUUAAUGUUAGAGGUAGGGCCAAUGGUGAGUUGGCUCGUGGUUAUGGGAAGGGCUAGUGUUAGAGGUAGGGCUUGUUAGGGUUCGGGACAGAACUAGUGUUUGGCAAGUUGGGAUUGAUUGGCUAAUAAUUUGUUGCGCUCAGAAACCGCCUCCCAGUUGUAACUCAUGGCCUUUGUCGGCGCUGUCCAGCCCAUAGUUUGUGGUGUUUGGCGCCCCUGGGAGACACGUCCCUGCACAACGGGGCGCUGCUUCCUAUCUUCUCGUCGAUGCGUUUGUUUGUCGUUUUCAAUAAACAUUUCCGAAUUUGCUAAGCACACGAAUAAGCGGCGACUCUUUGAAUAAAAAAAAAAUAUCCGCUUGACCAGUGUCACUCGCACGUGCAGAGAGGGGGGGGGGGUGUGUGGAGAAGUGCCGGCCUCUCCCCGUGCGGAAGAGGUCGCCUUGAAAGGAUCUCAGAAGUAGCUCUGUGAAAUCCACUUCAGUGGGCUGUUCUCGAAGUCAGAUAUUUCAGAAUGGAUUAGUCUCUCGACGUGACACCGAAAGCGAUGCAACUGGGGGAAAAGAGAAUUUAUGACUCGCCACCUCCACCCUUGCCGUAGGAAUGUGGAAUGACCACCGCUGGCUUCGCAGGGCUGUAAACGGGAGGAGGCUCCGAUGGCUCGGUGAGCGGAUGAGACCACUGACUGCUCUGCGAAUGGGUUAUGUUUAGCGAGGAGUGGUCUCAUUCUCGCACCCCCUGGAAUUUUAGCCGUGCGGCGGCGGUGAUGGCUUGCUGCUGCAGAGUGGCUGCCCGUGAUCCAGCACUAUGAAGGCAGCAGCAGCAGUGAGGGGUUGCUGGAUCACCGCACAACACGUAACACUCCCUGCCCGUAGGCGUCGAGUCGGUGCCACAUAACCCCGGCUCGUCAGUCAGGAGAAAGAAAGUGGACUUAAUCGCCCAUCCAGUUUCCAUCUGUACGGGGAUCGAGUGUUGCUGCCUCGUACGCGUGGCGUUUCCUCCCGCGUCUCUACACCGCUCAUUCGUUGGCCGAUAACGCCUUCGUGAUAUAUAGAGGACCACAGAGCUUGGUGCCCGCUUCUCAACACGUUGCUGCUGCCUUGACGCUCGGCUGUGUGGUUUGUUAGCGGUGGGAAGAGACCUCAAGAGGCGGCAGGAUGGAGUUGACGGGAUUGUCAAUUUUUGGCGUUCCCCUCGUUUGUCCAGAAAAAGCCUCAACCGACUCAUUCGCUCAAUUUAUUUUUUGAGUAAGAACUCGCCCCCCACGAAAGAGGGCAUCGCAUCGCAAUACGUUACAGUAUUAAAUGAAACCAAGGUGGCCCUACCUUUAAAAUCAAGACACACCUUUAAAAAAAAUAUCCAAAUGAUGGGGCAUACGCAAGGAAAAGCAAAAAGGAAAAAACAAUCUUACGUAGUUUUCACGGUUUUAUCUUCUCAAUGCAUGCAACACGUGGACUCCUCUCGUCUCCGUCUUGAUGAAUAAAUAAAACCUGUCCAACUGAAAUGUAUCGUGGUGUCGCUCGCCGGUGAAAGUGGUCUCGUGUUCAAUGAAACUUCAAUGGUAACCUCAUGGUAUGAGGUUAACUUCAAUGGUAACUUCAAUGGUAACUUCAUGGUAUGUGAACUUUAAUUGCAACCUCAUGGUAUGAGGUUGACUUCAAUGGUAACCUCAUUGAGGUUAACAAAUGGUAACCUCAUG